UUUUGGUUGUGAAUCAUCAAAGUCGGAAGUAACCGAGAGCUGUCUUUACACCGUCAAAUUUGCACUAUGUAGUUUUACUUAUUCAAGUUCGCUAGACCGUGGGUGGCGACAUCACCGACACCAAUGACGGGCUAACAAACGUUGUAUGCUCCGAUCAUGUAUAAAUACUCCGUGUCCCGCUCGUCAUUUCUCCCUUCUCUUUGCCUCUGCAAUACGUUCACCACUACCUAACAUCUGCUCAGACUGCUCCAUCCAAUUGUAACAAUGAUCCAGCUCGACUGUCGUUUCGUUGUUCUACUCGCGUUCUGCCUCGCAGCAGUGGCCGCCCCUGGUGCUGACAUCGCUCGUAUGCUUGCAAGGGAUGAUAUCGAGAUUCGCGCUGUCAAAGGUACUGGCAAGUCCACUGAACCAAGCUCGGCGAACAAUUACGGGAUCCCAACAUUAAUGCCAAGAAGGGCAAGCAUGUCAGUUGCUAUUCAUGGCGAUGGCCAGUUUUCCAUCACUCCGUUCACUGGUGGCGUGUUUACUUCCGAGUCUAGGCACCCGAUUGUAGCUGCGUCGACUGCAACAGGUGAGGUGACGAUGGCCCGACUUCCAGUGGCGGUGUCAGCGACUCGACUAGCUCCUCGACCGCGGACAAUAUGUGAAUCCGAGUGUGUCAAGUGCCGUGAGAUCGGUGCUAGAUUCGCAAACUGGCCCUACUGGAUGCGUUGCAUGUGUUACGCAUGCGACAACGUCAAUUCUCUACACUGUCAGCUCAGCGACCCCGUAGACGCGUUAGUGGUGUUUUGGUCAACAAAGCUACUUGGUCCUCUUCAACGUCUAAAGCAUCUGAGGGAAUCCCUGGGGUUGAAUCGAAACAUCAUGGGAGGAGGUCUUAAAGCAAAAUACUCUCUACUUCUGGGGACCGAUAUCAACACGUCGACCGACAAUCCAGAAAACAGCAAUGAUGCAGUGAUGCAAGAUACUCAAGUUGACAUCUUUCGCCCGCUUGGGCCGCUAGAUCACCAAAUAUGUGGUCUGAUAAAGGAGACCAUGAAAGGUCUGACUGACCUCUUGGAAGGGUCCCAUUUACCUAACGGACGUGACCGAAUGUGGAGGGCUGACAUAUCUGAUCUCUCUAAUGUAACACCGAAAUCCCACAAAAUGUCUUUCGUAGGAAGAACGGGUGUGGGUAAAAGUAGGGCUAUUAACGCCAUUAUUGGUGCUAAAGUGGUACUAUCCGGUAGCGAUGCGAACACACGAAGUAUUAAAGAGACAACGCAAAGUCUAGACACAGAGCUGCAAGAACUAGAGUUCAAUUUGCGGUAUGGCUGCACAUUCGUGAAUAAUCUUGGAUCAGAUAAAAGAUACAACACAUACUCAGCAAUCAUGCGACGGCAUGGAGAGUGGAGAAACAUCGAUUUCAACCGUGCUCUGACGAAGGACAUUUUCAGCAAUGACUUACUCGUGUAUGCAGACGACCCUGAGAAUUUUCUUAAGCUUUCCGAAAAUUUUGACAACACGCUCAAAAAAAUAUGUAACAGGGCACCAAAAUCCAUCCACUCUCAAAUUACAAAAUCUAGUGAUCUCAUUCAGAACACAAUAAAACCGUCAUUGAACACUGCUCAUCGAGGUUAUCUCACAUCACUUUCUACUGCACAACGAGACUUCAGUAGCGCUGUUCGUAGCCAAUUCCAAGCUGAGCUGGAAGACCACUAUGACAAGGUUUCAAAAGAGCAUGGUAGUGGCAUGUUCGGGCGGAUGAAGGUCCAAAAUAUGCAACGAAGAAAAUAAUGAAAUAGUAUACAACAGUGUCAUUGAUCGAGUUAUGGGGCCAUUAAAUGAGGCCCGUCAAGAAGGGCAACAGCAAAUAGAUAAUACACUUGAAAGACUCUGUUUUACCAUCAGUACAUCACUUGCUUGUGUCCAAGGUAACUCAGCACUAGGGGUGCUGCUCAAGCGACGAAAGUGCAACGUCAUGAAAUCAUUCACGAACAAAUACCAGCCGAGACUGGAGUACUUUCAGAAAGAGGUUGAUAGUGUACUUGAUGAUUUAGCUGGAUGAGCAAGCGAGGGAACUGCCCACCCAGUACCGACUAUCCAGUGAUAGAUAUUACAAUGCCAUUCACCAAAUCGUCUGAUCCCUCGAUGGCAUCCUAGUCACAUUACUGUCGUCCACCGACACGACAUCAGCGAAACUAAUGACAAGCCCUGUCAUCCUCGGUGGAUGGC